AUGACAGAGCCCGCCUCUGCCGCGGAGCUGGAGUUAUUUUUCCCAGAUGCCGGGCCUUCUUCACACUUUCGUCUUCAAGAGGCCCCCAGUUGCAUCCAGGAGACGUUUCACUUGCGUUGGCUGAUCACAUCAUCAGCCAAAAGUUUUUGUUUCCUGGUGUGGGCUACUAGGAGAUGGCUCUCGCAUGCACAUUUGGAGUAUGCACUUGCUACUACGUCGGGUUCGUAUCACGUAGCCAGUCGAUCCUGCUCACGUCAAGAUUUCGUGACUCACUCGCGCAUUGCCAUUGAUCCAUCUUUCGGACAUGUCUUCAGCUUUGCCAACCUAAAUCACAGUCAUGGAAAUGGGAAAACCCGCACUGCUUCUCUCGCGCUCCUCGCCCAGCCAAAAGGAGCAUCCUGGGUUUGCUCGGCGCUCAUUUGUGCUUUAGCCAAUUUUACACGUCGCCAGUAUGUGCCUUAUUUCGUGAUAGUGAUCGAGUGCACGCGCACGUGGUGGAAUGAUAUGCCGCGAAAACACCUUGGCAUGUCACUCUUCAUCGGCAAAGUAGUCCUGAACCCCUCAAGAGGAUUUUCCCGCUAUCGACUCGAGUACUCGAGUGAAAUGUGUGUGAUCUCACCGUGCGACCAGCACAGUGACCCCUAUGCGCGGGUGGUGUUCCGAGCUGCCUUCAACCCUUUUGUUCGACCACCCGACUAUAAAUGCGCUCUCUGGUUUCCUUUCGCCUGUUUCUCCUAUAAGGGAAUUAAGCCUGGGGCUUUGAACACCAGUCUAGUCCAAGCCAGCUAUGCCAAUGCCAAGGGGGCAGCCCCCCCUAUCAAACUAGACAAGCAUUCCGCUGGUGGUCUAAUGACUAGUUUGUCAGCUCAACGGAACCGCCGCAACGCUAAGCGCCCCGCUGAUGUCCGUUGGGCUCGAUUCCUUGAAUGCGACCGAAUUGGCACGCUAAAUUGGCGAGCACUUCUGCGUGCCUGCGUUUUUUCGCUAGUCCUCGACAAGAUACCAUACGCUGCAGUUGGUGGAAGUCUGCUACUAGCUUCUAUGGACGGUCCGAGUGCGAGUCUCACAGCGCCAAAUGGUCUAUCCCAAAGGCGCCUGAUUGAAGCAGUCGGCAAUGAGGUCGCAAAUGGACUUGCUCUCGAAGCGCAUGGCACGGGUACUGCGCUGGGUGACCCAAUCGAGGUCCUGGAGAAGCUUAGUUUGGCUUCUCUCUAUCGUGCUCAGUCGCAGCCUGUUUGUAGCAAGCGGCUGCAAAAUCGAUGGACUGCUGGAGAGGACCCUGGCGUGCCCCAAAGCCUCCUAGUCACAGACGGCUCCCUGUUGCCCUCGACGCAAGCCUAUCUCGCGGAUCACAUGGUUGGAGGAAGCAUCCUAGUUCCGGGUGUCGGCUACAUGGAGUUGAGCCUGGCUUGGGCUGAUGCGUCCUGUGAUGCCGGAGCCAAAUUUCGGGAGCGUUUGCGAUUGAAAGUGCAGGGACAACAAGGAGCCAAGAAGCGUUCCAAACGCACUGUGAGGGAAGCUCUCUGUGAGGCCAAAACUCUGAGUCGAGUGCUAAAAUUACAGGCUAUUUUGCGCGAGCACUUCACGAUCGCCAUUUUACCAACACCUUGCAGUGAGUGA